GAAAGUGCAAAUAAUGAAUGCUCUGCUUCUCCCUCCACCGUCCGCCACCACCGCUCGCUUCCUCCGCGGCCUCAAUUUCUCUCAACCAUCACUCUCCACCUCCUCUUAUAAGCACUCUCCUCUCCGUUCAUCCGUCACCUCACUCUCCUUAUCGGAAGACGAUGUAGUUACAGAAGACGACGGCGUUUCACCCUACUCCCACAGCCGGUACGACUUUGCCCCUUUGCUUCAAUUCCUCUCGAAUUAUAGCUUUGAUGAUAACGAUUCAGCAUACUCGGACCCAACCGACUCACAACUCGCCGAGUCAUAUCGAUUAGUCCCAGCUUCACUAUGGCAUUACCUUCUCAAAUCCCUAGCAUCUUCCCCUUCUUCAUCGACCUCGAUUUCAACCACCUACGCGCUCGUUGAUUGGCUCCAUAGGCACAAUCUCUGCUUCUCGUAUGAAUUACUGUACUCGAUCUUAAUCCACUCGCUCGGACACUCCGAGAUGUUAUACGAAGCUUUUUUGCUCUCACAGAAACAAACCCUAACUCCAUUAACUUACAACGUUCUCAUAGGUGCGUGCGCGCGAAACGAUGACUUGGAGAAAGCCGUUAUCCUGAUGAACAAAAUGCGCGGGGAGGGUUACCAGUCGGAUUCUGUGAACUACAGUUUAAUCAUUCAAUCACUGGUUCGUAACAACCAAAUCGACUCGAAUUUAUUGGAUAAGUUAUACAAAGAAAUGAUAUCAGAUGCAAUCGAGCUAGAUGUGCAGUUAUUGAAUGACAUAGUUUUAGGAUUCACGAAAUCAGGCGACGUUGACAGAGCUAUGCAGUUUCUAGGUAUGAUUCAAGGGUAUGGACUGACUCCCAAAACCUCCACCGUGGUUUCCAUUAUCUCAGAGCUGGGCAGUUUGGGGAGAGCUGAAGAGGCCGAAGCUGUUUUUGAAGAGAUCAAGGAAGGCGGAUUGAGACCUAGAACCAGAGCUUACAAUGCUGUGCUAAAAGCAUAUGUGAAAAACGGUGAUCUGAGGGAUGCAGAGUGGAUAGUGAAUGAAAUGGAGAGAAAUGGUGUUUCUCCAGAUGAACAUACUUACAGCCUUUUGAUUGAUGCUUAUGGGAACGCAGGCAGGUGGGAGAGUGCAAGAAUCGUGUUGAAAGAGAUGGAAGCAAACAACGUAAAGCCAAAUUCAUAUGUUUUCAGUAGAAUUAUAGUGAGUUAUCGUGACAGAGGUGAGUGGCAAAGAUUGUUUCAAGUUCUAAAGGAGAUGCAGAAGUGUGGUGUGAAACCAGAUAGACAAUUCUACAAUGUUAUGAUUGAUACAUUUGGUAAGUACAAUUGUCUUGAUCAUGCAUUGGGUAUAUUGGAAAGAAUGAGAAAUGAAGGUAUUGAACCUGAUAAUGUUACCUGGAACACACUCAUCGAUUGUCAUUGUAAAUCUGGAAAUCAUAACAAAGCAGAGGAACUGUUUGAUGAAAUGCAGCAAAGAGGGUGUUUGCCUUGUAUUGCAACAUAUAACAUCAUGAUCAACUCAUUUGGUGAACAGGAAAGGUGGGAGGGAGUAAGGAGCUUGUUGAGAAAGAUGAAAACUCAAAACUUGCAGCCUAAUGUCAUAACUUAUACUACACUGGUUGACAUAUAUGGACAAUCCGGAAGGUUCAUGGAUGCCACUGAAUGCUUAGAGGAUAUGAAAGCUUCUGGCUUGAAGCCGACUUCAACAAUUUAUAAUGCCUUGAUUAACGCAUAUGCUCAAAGGGGUUUAUCUGAUGAUGCACUGAAUGCAUUUAGGAUGAUGAGAAGUGAUGGUUUAAAGCCUAGUAAUUUAGCUCUUAAUGCAUUAAUAAACGCGUUUUGUGAGGAUAGAAGAGAUGUUGAAGCCUUUGCAAUUUUGAGAUCAAUGAAGGAAAAUGACUUAAAACCGGAUGUGGUGACAUAUACCACUCUUAUGAAAGCUUUAAUUCGCGUGGAGAAAUUUGAAGAGGUCCCUGGAGUUUAUGAAGAGAUGAUAAUGUCUGGAUGCACUCCAGACCGAAAAGCUAGGGCUAAGUUACGGUCUGCGUUGAAGUAUAUGAGACAACGAUUGAAAUCACAAACCCUUUAGCCAGGUCACCACUUUGUGGGCCCUACUUUCUGUCUCAACAAAUGAGCAUACAGAUAAGAAAAGCUUGUUACAUUUGUAGCAUACUUGCACAUAACUUGAUAUUGUAACAUCAACAUGCAACAAAACAACCAUUUUUUGAUACACAUAUUUAAAGUGACUUGAAAAAUCAUUAUUACACAACUUUCUUGUUGUAUUAUUGAUUUCAUGGAGUAACGGGAGGCAAAUUGGAUCUACUGCUACUACUCUUUGGGAUCCUGGAACAGAACAUAAACAUCAACAAAAAUGAAGAUAGCAAGAACAGUCUGAAAUAUGUUCUCAUCUCCUGCAAACCAAUCUCAAGCAACUCUGUUUUUUCUGCAUAUCUGUUUUUCCUUUCUAUUAAAUAGCCUUUUAAAUAAUCAUCAAUAGAGAUCAAGUUAUCCACGUUAAAAGGAGCCCUGUCUUCCACAAACUUCAUCUUCAUCUCAUGUGCUCCCAUUUCAAACAUACUGAAAAAUGCAGCAGACCACUCGUUCACAACUCUCUUGAAGGUAGGUUGAUCAAUGGGGUUGAACAUUUUGAAGCAGUCUUUAUAGGAUGCUUUUUCAUCUCCAUAUAUCUGGCAUUAAUUAAACGAUAUAUAUGUCACAAAAUAACCAUAAAAAAUAGUGUUGUGGAGUUUAUAAAUUGUAAACCUCGAAUGUGAAAGCCAUGGGGAUGUUUGCAACUUCAAACAUGUAAUCUGUUGUUGUACCAUGUGCUAGAUAUCUAUUAAACACAUAUCCUCCCCCUGAUCCAACCACACAACGAUCUUCACAAUGAAGGUGAUUCAAUGUUUCAAGCAUCAACUUCAUUUUCUCAGAUUGCUCUCCAGGAGGUGUAGUGUUUUUAUGAUCAUAAGGCAUAAACAGAGCCU